CACGCCCCCCUAACUGCCCUUUGUUAUCCGUCGGUUCCGUUCCCGGCUCCAAGCGACUCGCUUUAUCUUCUCCGUCGCUCGGGUUCUGUGCUCUUUCGACCUCUUCCUCUGGAGGAGAUCGAUUUGGAAUCUCGACUUGUCCGUCUCUUCCGUUAGGAUUAUUUUGCUAAGCGAAGAAAGGAGAUGUACCCUUCCAAGGGGAACAUUCCCUACGGGCAGCAGGCUUAUGGUUCCUCACAAACAUAUGGGCACAUCGCUGGUAGUGGCUAUAGUGGGAACACUGUUGGCAGUUCAGAUGCAGACAUGAACUCAUACCGAGCCUAUUCUUCACAAACAGCACAAUAUGGAGGACCAUAUGCCGCUGUUUAUGGUUCUUCUGCUGCUAGCAAUGUGCAACAGGUUGGUGUAGUGAGCACUAAAGAAGCAGUUUCAUCAUCCAACUUACAAGGUCAAUCUGCUUAUCAAUCUGCCCUGGCAGAGCCAUCCAAGUUCCCAUCUGGAACUCUUGUAUCAGGCUUGGGCAUUACAACUGAUGACUAUGGUUCUGCAGCUACUCAUGCAUAUUCCCAGAAAGGGGAUCAGUUCUCUUCAGUAAAAAAUCCUGAUUAUGGUGUAGCAGACAGGAGGCACUAUGGUGAACAUCAGGGUGCUUUUGCCGGCAGAGAUUUGCAGACUGAUUCAUCAAGAAGAUACCUUGAGUCUGUUUCUCUCAAUAGUCGUCAUCAGGUUGAACUGCAUGAUCGAAUGGACCAGGCUUCAUUGCGACAACAAUUGCUGAAAGCUCAGCAACUGCAAUCGGGUGCAGACAUAAGACAAGAUGAAUACUAUACAGCAAGGACUCUUCCUACUCAUUCACAAGAAAUUAGCGGCUAUGGUGCAAGGAUGGAUGCUGAUCCCCAUGGUCUAUCUAGUUUUGGUGCUGCUUAUGGUGGACAAACAGCUUCCAUUUUAGGGGGAGCUCCCAGAAGAAAUGUUGAUGACCUUGUGUAUGGCCAAGGAUCGUUGAAUGCUGCUUAUGGGGUGGGGUUGCCACCUGGUCGAGAUUAUGCUGCAGGAAAGGGUAUCCUGGGUACUCAUGAGUCUAAUUAUCAACCUAGUGUUCUUGCACGUUCACAUCCAGCCCUUGGAGUCUCCAUGGUGGACGAAAGGAAUGAUGAUAGGCAUGCUUACCGCCGAGAGCUCGAGUUAAGGGAGGAAGAACGUCGUAGAGAAUUGAUUUGGGAGAGAGAAAAAGAACGUGAAAGAGAAGAGCGGGAACGUGAAAGAGAACGCGAAAGAGAACGCGAAAGGGAACGAGAAAGAGAACGCGAAAGGGACCGAGAAAGGGAACGCGAAAGGGAACGCGAAAGAGAACGUGAAAGGGAACGCCUUCGAGAGCGUCGUGAAAAGGAAAGGGAACGAGAUCGCAGGCGUGCACUUGAAGCAAGGCGAGAACGAACACCACCAAGACCUAUUAGAGAUCAUAGAGGUUCUUCUUUAAUAAAGGAUGAGAAGGCUGUUCGUCGAGCAACACCACAUCGCGAGGCUGUGCAUAGGCAUCAUUCACCUGUUAAAGAAAAAAAGAGAGAAUACAUCUGCAAGGUUUAUCCAUUCUGCUUGGUGGAUGUUGAAAGAGAUCAUUUGUCUUUGAGCAAGAGAUAUCCUAGGCUAGUGAUAGCAGCAGAUUUUUCGAAGAUUAUUGUGAACUGGCCGAGGGAAACACUGAAUCUUUCUCUUCAUACUCCUGUUAGCUUUCAGCACAGUUCCUUGGAUGUGGAAGAUAAAAGUGAGGAGAAAGGGCCUGUUUUCUUGCAGGACUCCUCUGAAUCCAAGGGUGUCAAAACUGUUUGGAACUCCAAGGUUAUCUUGAUGAGUGGAGUCAGUGCUGAAGCUUUGAAUGAGUUGUGUUUUGGUAAAGACAAUGACGAGAGGCCAGUGCAUGUUAACAACAUCUUGAAGUUUGCUAUUAUGAAGAAAGAUCAUUCUUUUCUGGCAAUUGGAGGUCCAUCACAUAUGACUUCUGAUGGGGAUAUGCAAGUUGAUGAUUCUUCCUUGAUUCAGACUGCUAUCAGACAUGUCAAACAUUUAACUCAACUUGACCUACAUUGCUGCCAUCAUUGGAAUCGUUUCCUUGAGAUACACUAUGAUAGAGUUGGAAAGGAUGGCUUUUUUAGCCACAAGGAAGUUACAGUGUUGUAUGUGCCAAACUUGUCGGAAUGCCUUCCAUCAUUGGAUCAGUGGCGAGUGCAGUGGCUGACAUACAAGGAGAUGGCUGAGAGGGAACGAGUUUCAAAGGAGAAGAAACCUGCAGAAAAGAAGGAAUCUGGCCAAGGGGGAAAAUUUCAAAGUAAAAUGGUGAACAAUAACUCAGCUGGAACACUGAAAUCUGAAGACAACUUGGUUAAGGAUGAGGCUGCUGAUGUGAAAAGUAAUGACCAGUCCAAGGUUGAAGUUGGUGAAUCCAAUAAAAUUCCAUCUGAACAGAAAGAAAAAAUACUUUCAUUAGCUGAUACAGAAAGAAAAGAUGAUGUUGUUGACGGUGGACAAAGUAAAGCCAGCGAGAAUUUGACUGGUGAAGGUUCUGUUGAGCUGUCAGCUGAGACUAAAAAAACAACCAAAAGGAAAAUUGUUAAGAAGGUAGUGAAAGGAAAGGCUGUUGGUAAGAAAGCAAUUAUUGCUGGCGCUGACAGUAUCACCAAGCAGGAAGUGAUGCAAGAUGAAAACACAGAAAAUAAACAUGGCAAUUCUGAUCAGCAGAGCCCUGCAACUAUGACAACUACAAUUGUCACAAAAGGUACUCUUGAUAAGUCACCACUUAUGGAAGAUAAAGCUAAUUCACCUGAAGCCCAAACUGAUGGGAAAACUAAAAAUGAGUCAACAAUCAUGGAUGGAACAGAAGUAGUGAAGAAAGAACAUGAUGGGGGCUCCAGUGGACAUGGUACAGAAGUUAAGAUACCUGGAAAAAAGAAAAUCAUCAGAAGAGUGAUUAAAAGAAAAAUUUCCACUCUGAAAGCUAAGGAUGCAAAAGCAAACAAAAACACUGAAGAAAUUAAGGAAGAUGUAAAAGCUGAUUUGGAAAAGAAGGAAACAGCAGUUGAAUUGAAUACUCCUGAAAAACAGACAACAGAGGGAUCUAAUAUUCCUAACAAGGAUCAGUUGAAUGAAAUAACAAUGACAAAUGAUAAGACAAAGGAAACUAAAUCAGUUGAUAGUGAUGCCAUCCCAGAGAAAGGAAGCUCAAAGACUGUCAAUGGUUUGGAAAAUGUGAAAGAAAAAGACUCUAAGAAAGGUGGGCAAGAAGGAAAAGAGAGAAAAAAAGAUGAAAAAGAGAUGAGUAGAGAUGGAAAGCAUGAGCUGCACCAAAAGUCUAGCAAAGAAAAAGAGAAAGGAGGUUCUGGAGAACCUCCUAAGCAUCCUGGGUUGAUUAUGAAAUCCUAUCGAAGCAGGGGAUCCAAACUUCGUUCUGUGUCCCUCUCAUUGGACGGACUCCUAGAUUAUAGUGAUAAAGACAUAGAAGAAUCAUCAUUUGAGCUUUCCCUGUUUGCUGAGGCCUUCAAUGAAAUGCUUCAGUUUGGGAUGGGCUAUCAUUUAUUGUCCUUUCUUGAGAAAUUGAAUAAAAGAUGUAUAUUGAAAAGAAAUAAUCGGAAAAGACAACGUGAUGAAAAACUAGAGAAGGUUUCUGGAAAGGAGAAAUCGCCUACCAAACAUCCAAAAACUGAUGAUAGCCCUCCUGUUGCAAAGGAGGAUACGUCAAACAAAGACGAUGAUGAAGCUUUAAAUGUUAGUGAGUCUACAAAAUUAGUAAAGGAAGAUGUGUCUGACAAAAUGGAUCCUGAAAAUAAGGGCAUAGAUAGUUCUUCAGGUGGAGGGGAUGAAGCUAAAGUUGAAGACAACGCAAUGGACGAUGAUAUGAUAGAUGAGGAUGAAGAUCCAGAAGAAAUUAUAGAAGAGGAGGAAGCAGAUGAUGAUUCUAGAUCAAAUGGAGUUCAAAAGGAUGAUAAUACUGGUGUAAGAGUGGAAACUGAGUCGGAAGUUGAUGUUAAGAUGGAUGUAGAUCCUGUAGUUAUGAAGGAAAGUAACACUGACAAACCUGGCAUCGAUAAGGCUGCAAAUGAUGAUGAAGCAGUCACGAAGGAUAAUAAACAGAAUGAUGACAGGACGGAUUCUGUAAAGAAUGAGAAAGUUUCUGUAAAAACUGUCGAGGAAGCAUCCAUAGUGAAUGGAGUGUUGGAUAAGGAGCUUUUGGAGGCGUUCAGAUAUUUUGAUAAAAACAGAGUGGGAUACAUCAAGGCUCAAGAUUUAAGGUGCAUUCUUCACAAUUUAGGCAAAUUCAUGUCUAACAGGCAUGUCAAGGAACUGGUGCAAAGUGCUAUCCUGGAAAGUAAUUCAGGGAGAUCUCACGAUCGUGUGUUUUACAAUAAGCUUGUGAAGAUGGAACUUAGGGAUGUACAGUGAUGAUGGUGCUGUCAAGACACCUGAAAGUUUUUCAUCUAUAGUCUGUCAUCAGGAUUUAAAUAUAUUUUAUUUUGCCAUAGCUUCAAACUAGAACUGAGUUGUUGCAGAUGCAACUCACAAUGAUGAAUCCACUUAUGUGAUUUUGUUGCUGAAGUUAAUUUAUUAUAGUUCA